ACCAAAAUUCAUGAUUUUUUUUUCUCUAUAAAUAGAGACUUGGUUCGUUUGAUUUGGACACAGAAAAAAAAACCAAGUUUUUUCACUCUCUUAUUAUCUCUCUCACCAUCUUAUUUAUCUAUCUAUUAGCAUUUGUAUUGAAAUGGAUCCCAACAAUCCCCAUUUCAACACCCAGAAUUCUUCAAACAACCCAUUUUACAACCAAAACCACAACAACUAUGAAGAUCCAAAUCAAAUUUCUUACCAACAUCCUCAAAAUCCCACCAAUUAUCAAGUCCCACAUCAAUUGUUCAACCAACGUCCUCAAAAUCCAAACUAUUAUCAAGUCCCCCAUCAAUUCUCCAACCAACGUCCUCGAAAUCCAAACUAUUAUCCAGAUCCGAAUCAAUAUUCGUACCAACCUCCUCAAAACAUACAAAAUUUUAACCAGUCAUCAAUUGUUCCAAACUCUCAUCCAUCUUAUGGAUCUGUGAGAUAUUCAUCUCAAACACCUCAGUCUAGUGGUUAUAUGCCAGUGGUUCCUGAAAAUGUUCCGAGUGUUGAUGUAGCGGAAUUUCCGGAAUUUUCAACACAAGUCAAUCUUGGUGGCGGGUCAGCUGAUAAUGAAGUCAAUGAAAUCACUCCUAAGAGCAAAAAAGCCCAUUUACCCGCAUGGAACACUGCACAAAAUCUAGUGCUAAUUAGUGGGUGGAUUAAUUGCGGAACAAACAGUGUUGUCGGAAGAAACCAGAAAGGAGAAACAUUUUGGAGAGAUAUUGCUGAGUAUUGUAAUGAGCAUUGCUCAUUCGAUCCUCCGCGCGAUUGGGUUGCCUGCCGAAACCGUUGGAAUUAUAUGAACACAAGACUGGGUAAAUGGAUUGGCGCUUAUGAUAGCGCUAAGCGUGAGCAUCGAAGCGGUUGGUCGGAGGAUGAUGUUAUCGCAAGAGCGCAGGAAUUAUACGCAAGUGGGAAGAUUGGUCAAUUUACUUUGAUGGAAGAAUGGCGCGUUCUCCGUGAUCAACCACGUUUUUGUAGUCAGGUAGGAGGAAAUAGUGGCUCGAGAAGUAGUGGAUCUAAGAGAUCACACGACAGUGAUGCAAGUGGCUCAAACUCUAUAGGAUCAAUUCCUCGUCCAAUGGGUAGGGAGGCAGCUAAAAAAAAGAGUAAAAAGAAAAUUAGAGAAGAUGCUGACGAGGUGGUGGACAAAGAGUGGGAAUCUUAUAUCCAUUUCAAGGAGAAAGAG